AUGGGAGAACUCAUCAGUCUCACUAAUUGGAAUAUUUCAUAUUUGAAAGCGGUUGUUGAAAAAUUUGUCUAUCGAAAUGUAGGUCAAACUAUGCAUCUUCUCUCUCCAAAAUUUAAUGAUUUUAGGUGAUUUCAAAGGAAUUCCUAAACGCACUCGAUCGCCUGCCACCAGAUGGUAAAUUAGAAGAUCCAGAUGAUAGAAAAGCGCUAUUGUCAUUGUUGUUCAAAAAGGCAGAAACCAAAUUCUUCUUGCUGAGCCCGGAAAUUCUGCUGAGCAACCUGUUCAAAUCACAACAUUUCCCAAACAAUUCGCAAUUUUAUGGAUUUGGCUUGAAUUUCGAGAACCAAGAGUGUGUUUUGUGGGACACCGGAACCAAUAAAACAUUCAUUUCCAAGCAAGACGCAUUGUCUAGAUUCUACACAAAAUCAUCGGAUAUUUUGGGGGAAAAACUUGGAAUUUGCGCAAGACUCACAGGAAAAUCAGUGUUGAAUGAGAUUGGAAGAAGUUUGGAGGGAACAUUUGAAUUGAUUCCAUUCGAUUUGCUAGAGGAAAAUAUCUUGAAAAAUUUGAAAAUUGUUUUUGCGCCCAGAGAAGAUGGUUUUGGGAUUCAUAGCUUAUUCAACAAAGAAUACGACACUUCUUUGAUUGAAGAAUGCGCAAAACAUCUUUUGCAAAUGAAUGAGAAGGAGAAUCUUAAAGUUCUUCAGGAAAUGUUGAAUUGGCGUGAAUCUGUCAAAAAAUUCUUCAAAAAUUCUCCAUGGUUCAAUGAAAAACAUGCAAUUCUCAGACAAUUUCAAAACCUGGACAACGGCGCGAAAUAUUUCCAAGCCAAAGAAGUCGAGGAUAUUCUGGGCAUUGUUAUGAUGAAAAAGUAUUCGAAACCAUUUCCAAAGGGUUUGAUUCCGGUGGAAAAUGAGGAAGAUCGUGGAUUGGGAAUAUUGAGGACUGUGGAGGUGGAUACUUUUCACAAGGUUUUGAGAAUUUUGAAAUUGGAGGAGAAAGAUAUGACGGUAAGGAUUCUGAAACAUACCAAAUCGACCACGAUUUCGAAGUCAAAAAUUGCCCUGUGAGCACUUUUCCGGAGCUCCAGAGCUAGUUCGUCCGUUUUUUCACCUGAUUCCUGGGUGGAAAAUCAAUUUUUAUAACUUGAAGGUUGUUCGAAAAUCUGUCAGCUUUUUAGCUUAUCAAAAAUAUCAAAUAGAAGCUGGAAACUGUAAUUUUUAAAUGUGCCCAGAAAACUUUAUGGAUCGUGCAAAGUGAACAAAAUUCACUUUUUUCGCGCAUUAUUUUUGCAUUUUCUGGUGUUUUUCGAGCCAAAAUGGUCAGAAAUUGAAAGAAUUUGUCUGAAAUAGUAUAGUUCUAUUGAUAAUGGAGGAAAAAUCAGUGAUGAAUCAAGAAAAAUUUGAAAUUUUCAAAAUUAUUUCUUUUUCUUUUACCACUGAUUUUUCAUCCAUUAUCAAUAAAAACACUAUUUCAGACAAAUUCUAUCAAUUUCUGAAAAUGCAAAAAUAGUGCGCGAACAAAGGUGCAUUUUUUUCACUUUGCACGAUCCAUAAACUUUUUUGAGCACGUUUAAAAAUCACAGUUUUCAGCUGCUAUUUGAUAUUUUUUGAUAAACUAAAAAGCUGACAGAUUUUCGAACAACCUUCAAGUUAUAAAAAUUGAUUUUCCACCCAGGAACAAGGUGAAAAUAAACGAACUAAUUUUUGAGCUUCAGAAAAGUGCUCACAGGGAUUUUUGGCAAUUUUGACUUGGUCGAUUUGGUAUGCUUCAUCAAAACACUGAAAUUCGAAUAUUUCCAGAUUGUUCCGGUGAAUAUCUACCAAUCUGCCCCAACAAAUACACCAUAUGGAACUUAUUGUAAAUUGGCUCGUCACACAUUUCUCGAACUCUUCGAUCAACUUUCAUAUGGAAUGGAUUUAUGGCGAAAAUUGGAUAAAAAGAAUAUUCGAAAAAUCUCGGAAUUCUUCGAAAAUCUGAUUUCCGAAGGUGUCUUCAGUACUCAGCGAAAUUAUCGAUAUUGUAUUGAAAUUUGGAAAUUUGAUGAGAUUUUGAAGCGGGCUUUUGAUGAAUUAGGCAAACUUGUAGAGCCUGAUGGUAGAUGUUAUUUCGAGAUUCGCGAUGUUUCGGAGAAAUUUUCUCGUCAAAAAUCGCUGGAAAUUAUGCGAAAAAUGGCACCGCAUGCGGAAAAUCAGACAGAAUUACGGGAAGAUUUCGAGUUCUACAUGAGACAAUUCAUAAAACCCGGUCAAAAAUUCCUGGAAGCCGAAGAUGUUUAUGGGAUUUUCCAGCGAAGUUUGUUCAACAGUUUUAUUCGCACGAAUUUGAGAGUCAAACAGUUUAUGCAGUGUCAGGGAAUGAUUCGAAAUGUGACAGUUCGUGGGAAAAAUAUGGGAUUGGAGAAAAAAUGUGAGGAAGAGGAAGAGUUGCCUUUUGGAUUAUAUGUGGAGAAAUUCAAAGAGGCUUUUGUGUGAGUUUCUUUUGAAAAACUCAAAUUUUCAGCUAAUUUUUGACUGAAAAUCUGAAUUUUUCAAGGUUUGGCCUGAAAAAUCUCGAAAUUUCGUUGAAAAUUCAGAUUUUCAGUCGAAAACCAAUGAAUUAUUAUGAGCAAUGCUUACGUUAGAAAAUGAACCUUGAAUGAAAUAUUUAAAGUUUAAGAUGAGCAAUGCUAGUUAAUUCCAAUUUUCAGCUAAAUUUGGCUGUAGCAGAUAUUCUGAAUCAGCUGAGAAAUGAAUUUAAUAUGAGCAAUGCUUGAAAAAUUGGUGAAAAAGUUUAAAAUGAGCAAUGUUAGCUAAUUCGUGGCAAAAAAAUCCAUUUUAUCAUUUUUUUUGCCACGUGGAAUUUUUGUAGAAUAACUUUGAGCUAGAAAAUUUGAAUGUGGAAUUCAAAAAAAAAUUUUGAAAUUUAAAAAGAAUUCCACGUGGAAUUUUUAAUAUAAUUUUUGGUUUUCAAAAUUUUUGCCACGUGGAUUUUUAGACGUGAAAAUUCAACAAAACUUUGCUCAGAAACAAAUUCAAAAAAAAUGUGCGCUAAAAAUUCAAAUUCAAAAUUUGUCCGCGUGGAUUCAUCGGGCUCAGGAAUUAGGAAACAAAAAUUUCGGAAAACCGUGUUUUUCCGAAAUCAUCCGGUCGGAAAAAGUUUUCCGAAGUUAUUUUCCGAGUUUUUAUUCCCGGAAAAAAGUUUUCCGACUUAAAUUAAGUCGGAAAAGGCAGUCUGCAAGCCAAACUCGAUGUCUGAUCGAAAAAUCAAUGGAAUUCGCCUACUUUAUGUAAAUUUUCAUAAAAAUCGGAUUUCUAGCUGAAAAAACAACGGAAUUCGCCUACUCUAUGUAAAUUUUCAAGAAAAAUCGGAGUCUGGACGGAAAUCGCCUACUUUAACAGAAAAACCAGAAUUUUUACCUACUCGCCUCAAUUUCCACCAAAAAAAGCACCAUUUUCCACCUACUUUACGUCAAAAAUUCAAAAAAUCUCCACCGUAAGAAAAAUCUUAUUUUUCAAAGUGAGAUUUUCCAAACAACCAACUGUUCAAAACAAAAAAUGAAAAAAUGCAAAAAAAGAAAAAAACAUCGGCUAUCCCGGAUGUUCGAAGCGCACUGGUGCUGAAAAGCACUGGCACUAAAACCGCACCUCGAAUGAGCGUCAGUGCCGAAACGCACUUUUUAGAACCUGCAGCAAAACAGAACCACAAUAAGAACGAAAUGAAAGUUCCCCUCCAGAUGGCAUGUGCCAGAGGUGUCCUAACAUCUCAUAUAAUACCGUGGGGCGAAACAGAGAGAAGCGGGCAAAAACAUGAUCACAGGAAUAUGUCACAUAUUCCUGUGAUUAUGUUGAAGAAGAGAUCCGCAACAGAACCACAGUAAUAAGGAAGUGAAAGUUCCCCUCUAACCGCCAUUUGCUAGAGGUUUCCUAACACCUCACAUAUUACUGUGGGGCGAGAGAGAGAGAGAUCAGAAGCGGCGAAACCCAGGGCUGCUCAAAUUUUCAGGUUUUUAAGCAAGUUAGUUGAAAUAUUGGAUUUUAAUUUUAUUCAUAUGGUCUAAGACGAACAAAAUGAUAUAAAUUUUGAUGACUUUACGUUAUCCUUAAGUGAUUUAGCGACGUUUAGUCUAUAUUUAGUCGAUAAGUCGCUAAAUCACUUAUGGAUAACGUAAAGUCAUCAAAAUUUAUAUCAUGUUGUUCGUCUUAGAAAACCCAAUAUUUCAACUCACUUGCUUAAAAACACUGAAAAUGUCAUUUAGAUAAUGUCAAACUAUACAACUAGGUCACUUUUUUUCGAAAUUUGAAUUUAUUGAUAUCACAAGCGUGACCUAGUUAUUCAACAGGAUUUGAAAACGAAAAAAGACCCCACUUCCAGGUUUUUGGCAAGUGGGAAUUUGAGCAGCCCUGAGGCGAAACCACAGAAAUAUGUGAGAAUCAAAGAUCUCACAUAUUCCUGUGGGUAGAAAAAGAGAGAGAGAGCACCCGACUCACGUUUUUCCCCGAGCGGCUAGCGGAGACAGCUACUAGGUAGAAUACUGUAGAAAUGUUAGGAAAGAAAUUUUCGAAGUGAGUAAACACCUUUCUGACUGUUGCUUAUAUAGCAUUUUUGAGAGAUUUUAUCAUCACGUGUGUGUCACGUGGAUAAUAAAAUAAAACCCUUCUUUCUAUUUUUUAUUUUGAAAAAAAAUUAGAAAAUUCAAAUCAUUACAAAAAUUAUGCGUGAAACGCGUGAAAAAAAUGGCGAGGUCAGUGGAAAAUCAAAUCAACUGCAUGGAAUAAUCGAUUAUCCAAAUCGCCCAAAAACUGCAAAUUAUUCAUGAAAAGCGCAAAUUUUUUAUUUUUCAAAUUUGGUUGUAAAUCCACGUGGCAACAACAUUAAUCUCGAAAUUUUGGGUACAAAAAGUAUCCAAGAAUUUUCAAAAAAAAUAUUCAAUUGCUCAUAUUAACCCAUUUAUUUUUUUGUAGAAAAUACCUGCCAAAAAUCCCAUUUACCCCAACUCUGGAAUACGAGGAAAUGAUGACAUCGGUUUACGCGAGAAUGGGCGAAUACACUCGAAAAAGUUUCAAAGUUCAAAAAUCGGAUCGAAAAGCGGAGCUGGAAAUCACAAAAUUCAUCGGCGAACACGUCGAAUGUCAUUUUGUUGGCGACGAAUGUUUUGUGAGCCGAAGACGAGUUCCGAUUGUCAGAACCGAGAAAUCGCAAAGAGCACACGAUAUUUUCAGCGAGGAUACGAUUUUGAAUUCGAUUAUUACGGGCGUUGGAAAACAUGAGUUUGAUGAUGGAAGUUGUUGGAAAUUGAUUCGAGAAAGAUUGGAAGAGAAGUUAGGAGAAGAUAUUGAUGAAAUUCAACAUAAGACUAUUAUUGAAUUGUUGGAAAAAAUUAAGUUGUAUUGA